GAAAAUAGAAAUUUUCCAACUCAGCAGACAAGGCUCUGACUUUCGUUCGUGCGGCGGACGUCCUUGUCCUGCGUCGUGUGUGCCGUGAGUGGACGCCUUGAUGUUGUACAAGGAAAAACUAGCCAAGCAGCAAAUAAAAGUUGCAGUAUUUUCUAAACAAUAAUUCUCAAAAAUCGAAUCGUAAAAAGAAGAAUUCUAAUAUACCAAAAGUGCAAAUAAAAGGAAAAGUGCAAAAAGUACUAUAAAAUGAAAACUGUGUGAAAGGAUUUUUUUUGCACAAAAUGUAAAGGAAAAAGUACAAAUCAUAAAUAGUACAGACAUUAAAGGUGAAUUGCUAAGAAAGUGUUAAAAAAUGACGAAGUGAUGAAGUGAUGAAAGGAGCAACACGCGGCCACAACUAAAAAUCAAAAUAAAACCGAAAUAUACGUUAAAAUAUAAGCGCUUGCGAGCGGUUCAUUCGCUGGACGGACAUUUCCGGUGUGUAGAGUUGAGCACGGCGAAUACCAACAACACUUCGAGCGGCGCAAUAUGGAAUCGCACAACAAUUAAGAGUUUGAGUUUAAUGCAGCAAUAUAUGUACAUAAUCAACAACUAAAACAACAACCAUAAAGUUUAUAUAAAAGAGCAACAAUAAUAGAGGUGUUGACUGUGUUAGGUCGAGGCACAGUACUGAAAGGCAACCGGGGAAGGCGCGGUAGAAGCAUUAAAAUUGUCGCACAAUUAAACGCAAGCAAAUUAAUUAAAAACGCAAAACGGGGCAGCAGUUGAUGGUGUGAAAAUAAAAGGCCUCGGAAAUUCGUUUCGUUUCUUCGCACAAACUCGAACGAACUCGAACUUUGUAGACUAACAACUGGCGUGGAGGCCAUCCGGAGACGCUGUGUAGUUGAUUGCAUUGCGAAAAGUAAGGUCACACGUGGAGCGUGUCGGGUAGUUUAGCACUGGCCACUUGUGUGUGCGUGUGAAUGUGUCUUAAGGCGAGAAUUCGGUGAAAAAUAUUUCGGGAGCCAUUGUGAUACGUAUACGAACCGUUGUCACGCAAGCGCUGCAGUCGGGUUUAGUCGGGAGUCGCGCUAUUUUUAAUUAAACGAAGCAAAUAUAGCUGCAGUGAAGCAGUAACCAAGCAACAAUAACAACGUUACAACACUUUCAGCGCCGGCCACACCUCAUCCUCACCUGAAACAUAACUUUUGCCGCUCUUCAACAUAUUUGACUUUUGUGUGCGUGUGUGGGUUCGUGUUUACUGGCACUUACACUUGUGCCUUGCUGUGUACAAUUCCUCACCAGUGUGCCAACGGCCGGGUUAAAUAUUCAGCACUUUCUUGCUCGUUGAAAAAAUUCCAGCUCUAGGCGAACUAAGAUCUCCAACACAGAACCUGGCUUGGAAGUGGCCAGUAAUAUUGUUUCUUCGUUGACACGUGCCGUGGGUCUAAGGUUUUGCAAUUGAUGUCAUUGUGAUGACGCAAUGGAUUGCGGCCUUAAGUGGGCGCUCUUCAGUACCAAAACAACACUCGCACCCAUUAUUGAGGCUGCAGAUAAAGCGGCAGCAGCUACCGAAGCAGAAGCGCCAACGUCAGCAACAACAGUGGCUUUUACGGCUGCAGCUUCAGAAAAAACACCAACAACUCCAAAUAGAAUACGAGAAAGACCAAACAUUUCCAGAAUCCGCCAUUGGCCCAUUUUUUAUACCCGAGGAGUAGGCAUAUUUGACGCCGCCAAAGGCUACGCCGCAGCUCGUCCCUAUAGCACCGUAGGUGGAGUCACAAGCGACGCUGUGGGGCCACGACGUUACAGCCGCGAAUGUGCCAUCAGAUUCAACACUAGCUUUUUUCGCAGAAGCAGGCGAAUAUAACAUAACCUCCCUGCUGCCAAUAGCGACGGCAUCAAGUCGCCCGAAGUAGAAGCAGGUGAAAUAGAAACUAAGGAAAAACAAUAACAGAAAACGGGUACAACGACAAAUGCUGUUUUAGGAGAACAAACGGAAUAAAAACCUAAGAUAAUGAAACAUUCAAAUAUUUUUAUACACAAAGAUAUGAUGGAAUACGGCUAAAGCGAAUCCGAUGAAUUAAACGCCGAAAUCAAAAGAAGUGAAGAAAAUUCCACAAAAGUAUAAAGAAUAAGAAACAAAUAAACAUAAAUAUAGAAAAGCAUAACUAACCUAACUAUUCUCUUAUCUUGCGCGAAUUCAAUUUAAUUUUUGUCUCAAAUUGAUUCGCCACCUUACCGCGUCUCGUCUUGACUUAAAUCAAUCCGACUGUAUCAAUUUGACUCUACUUGAGCGCAAACCACUGAACUUAAAUCAUUUAAUACCACCAACGUUGCUCGCACUUUGUCGUCUAGUUCGGCCAUAGUGUUGCUACAGCCACAGAGACGCCGCAAACCUGGCGUUUACGCAUAAAAUUGAACAAAAUAAAUUCCCCAACGCAGCUGACGUUUAGGUGCGAAUUGUGUCAAUCAGGGCACAAUUGUUCAUUUGUGCAUUGGCCAUGGAGCCUCCUGGCGGGUUACCGCCGGACCGAGACAGACAACUAGUGCUGCGCCCCCAGCAGCAGGAGCAACAACUGGUACCGUUGGUACCGCAAGUCAAGCCGACCCUAGCACUGAAUCUUUACUCCAAGGACCAGGUCGUGUCCUCAACUAUUGCCACAACGCCGGCUGCAGAUGCCUCUACUGAGAAUGCCGCUGCCUCAUCUACCACAUCGAUCCGCACCACCAAUGCACUUGUGCUUGCGUCCGCGAGUAACGUUGUUAGUGUAAUCGCUGCGGGCAACAGUAGCACGGCGACGGCUACAAGUACCAGCCCCGCACUGGCGUCUGCAGCCAUAGCGAUAUCGGGCACUACGCAGGCGGCCACCGCGUUCAGCGGAAGCGCGGUGGGUGUGCAGCACACGCCACAUCAUCAGCACCCGCCUCAUCAUCAUCCACCCCAUCCCACGCAUCAGAUGCAUCAUCUGCCACACCAUCAGCCACAGACGUACGGUGCGCAUAACUCGUCGGCAACCUCGUCCCUGUUUGGCGGUAUCUCGGCCAGCAGCAGUAGCAGCACUUCGGUUGGUGGGCAGCAACAAACCAUCGAGAAGUUGGCGCGACCCAUGGCUUUCGAUAAGAUGGAGGCACUGGUGCGCACUAUGCAGAACGAUGAAAAACCCGUGCCAGUGCGAGUGCAGAAGACCUUUCUCAGCAAUAUUCCAUCGGCGUUCAUGGGUUACGAUUUGAUAGAGUGGAUGAUGGACCGCUUGAUGAUUGAGGAGUCUGAGGCAUUGAGCAUCGCCAACCAACUUUGUUUGCAUGGCUAUUUCUUUCCCGUCAAUGACACCAAAACACUAGCCGUGAAGGAUGACUCCUCGCUGUAUCGCUUUCAGACGCCAUACUACUGGCCAUGGCAACACAAACCUCCCGACAAUGUGGAGUACGCCAUUUACCUGGCGAAGCGCUCGUUGCGCAAUAAGCAACGACAUGCCUUGGAAGAGUACGAGACUGAAGCCUUGGCAUCGCUACAUAAGAGCUUGAAAGGUAAGUGGGAUUUCAUCACUAUGCAAGCCGAGGAGCAGGUACGGUUGGCGAAGGAACGUAAGAAGGGUGACAAGAUCGUCGUUGACUCACAAGAGCGCGCCUAUUGGCGUGUACACCGUCCACCGCCCGGCCAGUUCACACCUCUGGAGCCAUGCCCCAUACCUUCGCGUGAUCGCCAAGGCUUCAAGCCUAAUAAGAAGAAAACGGUUGAUGAUGUGCAACGCGAGGUGGACUAUCUACGCAAGUCGUUGAAUCGCACACGCAUGAAGAUGUCACAAGCUUGCGAAUCACUCGUGGCAUAUUCGGAGACAUUUGCCGAGUAUGACUUCUUUUUGCAGCCGGUACUGCCCUCAAAUCCUUGGGUGACCGAAGAUGUCACAUUUUGGCAGCUGAACAACAGUUUUGUGGAUACACCCACAGAGAAGCGAGUUAAGCGUUGGGCUAUCUCAGUAGAAGAGUUGGUUUCCGAUCCAACAGGCCUGCAAGAGUUCACAAGCUUUUUGGAGAAAGAAUACUCUCACGAAAAUAUACGUUUCUGGAUCGCAGUGAAUCGAUUGCGGCGCUCGGCUCACUCUCAGGUGCCGCGUAAAGUUAAAGAAAUUUAUGAAGAGUUUCUGAAACCAGGCGCGCCUUGCGAAAUCAAUAUUGAUGGUAAAACCAUGGAGAGUGUGCUGAAGGGUCUAAAAAAUCCAUCACGUUUCACAUUUGAUUCCGCCUCGGAACAUAUUUACACGCUGCUAUUAAAGAAGGACUGCUACCCACGUUUCAUACGGUCCGACCACUACAAGCGUCUACUGGAGGCAGGCGUACCCCCAUCACACAAGAAACGCUUCUUUAACUUCGGUGGUGUGGGAGGUGCCAAGAAGAAGAUGACAGCCGCACUCUCCAGCCAACCUAAUCUUGGUGACGGCACAACUGCGAAGAAUAUCGGCGGUGCGAGCGGCUCGAUGAUGACAGCACCACCUCCAGGGAAUUUGGCGCGACGACGGGGCAGCGACCGCAGCCUUACCGGCUCCGCUCACGAGCUGGCUGUGAUUGGCGUAAAUAAGGACAUAACCUCAAAAGUGCCACACUCGCACUCACAAAGCAAUUUGAGUGAGAUGCCAUACAGCAGUGAGUCCAUUUAUAGAGGAGACAUGCCACAACUCCAGGUCACAGAUGUCGCUGUUCAAAAUUCAUCACUCGGAAAUCGCGAGAGUAGCUCACGUUCGCUUCAGGAGACGACUAAGGCGAAGCCUGCUCGCUUGGAGACCACGGUGGAGUCUUCCAGUAGCGCAGUGUGCCCAUGGGAUGUGCCUGAUGAGCCCCCUGACACACAGGCACCCACGCCACACCAAAAGUCUCAAAUUAAAUUGUCCAUAUGUCCCUGGGAGCAGGAAAGCGACCCUGUGCCAAUCGCCGCUAAUAUUGCAAAGUCAGCCACACACCGUCUCACCAGCACAUCCUCGGACAACACUGAUGUAUCGGAUCGCAUCCAACGCAACUUGGGUAUAAGACAUCAGAACACCGUAGACAGCGGCGAGGCGAGUAAACGUCUUGUUCCCAACUUCACCGAACAACGUAGAGCUUCAAUGUCUUUCACACAGUCGCGUCUUUCGGAAUAUCAAUUCGGUCAGACAUCUGUUUCAGCGAAAACUUCUUCUAGCCCAUCGCCAACAGUGGGUAGCCAGAGUGUUGUGGACUCUUCACUUUCAGCACCACCGCCACCGCUCUUUACUCAAAGUAUUGCGACCAUGGCCGCAGUAACGGUGAUUAAUAGCUCAUCGACGAUUGUGACGAAGGAUCCUCCUUCCUCUUCGGAUGCAGAGGUAGAGGAGGAGCUGAAUAAGCUAACUGUAUCGCAGAGGAACAGUGAAUCUUCAGCAUCUGAAAUGUGUGCGCUGCCACCACCUACUCCGACACCACCGCCCAUUACUAAGGUGACACCACCUCCUCCGGACGAAAAUAUUUGCUCCUACUAUCAGCCAGUUGAGGUGAUAUCUUGUGAGAGUUCUCAAAGCGAUCAUGUGUGCGGCGCAGAAAGAAGUGGUGGAAGCGGCAAUAGUGACAAUGGUAGCAUUGUCAUAUCCGACACAGAUGUGGAGGUAGCUGUGCAGGAGGUACAAAUAGAGCUUAUUGAAAGCUAUGACUUUCAGGAAGGGAAAAGUCCGCAGCUGUCAACACCCUCCAUACAGAUUGAAGAGGAGCUGGAAGUUUUGCCAAUUGAGGACCCAGUUGCAGAGCCGACGCCGGCCGAAGCUGAUGUUAUCGAGGUUGUAGCUCAAAGAACGCCCACAACCAGCCGUGGUAAUUCGCGGCCGGAAACGCCAGAAAUGGAACAGAAGCUGCUACCAGCUGCCACCACGCCGGACAUUUUGCAAUCGCCACAACUGCAUACGUCCAUAUCUUCGGGCGCGCUGUUAGUUACCGCUUCAGUGAUACCGCCACCACCGCCACCCAUCGGUCCAAUGGAAGAGGAAGAGCAGCUACGCGUUGAGGAAGAAAUAGCAGCAGCACAAGAGACACAAGAUGAACUCUCACCAACUACAGACGAGUAUCAAGAGGGUCUACAAUUCGAUACCGAUGGCAAGGAAGACUACGAGUAUGACAUCAUCGACACUGACAGCCAAGCCGGUUAUAUACCUCCAGCACCGACGCCGGCGCCAUCCAUGGCACCACUUGCCGAAAUGGAUAUUGACACCGUAGACGAUGAGCCAUGCGACGAAAUGUGCUCCAUGCAGGAAUUGGCGGAAAUACCAACAACACCAACACCAACUGUCAACAUGUACGAAGUGUCGCCGACCAUCAUUGAGAGUGUAAUACCAAUGGUCACUGAAGAGGUGAAAAAGCGACGAAAGAAGCGCAGUGCCGAUGGCAAAAAGAUACUAUCUGUAGAUGAAAAGGAACAAAAGGCAAGCACAUCGGCAGGUGGAGCUGCAGAAGUCGUCACCGGAGCGAAGUCGGAGACUGACCGCAAUGCGGUGUGCCCUUGGGAGGACGAAAAUGUUACAACCAGUGAUGGCACCUUCGUGAAGACAUACGCCACGCUCGGGUAUUUAUGAAUAAAGCAGAACCUUUUCAAGUCUGUGGUCAACAAAAUACUGAAGAAAAAGAAAAAUCAAAAGAAAUGACAGUUUUGCAACACAACCCUAAACACAUACACAGAAACUUACACGUAAUCGUUCAUAGACAGCAAACAUACACACUUCAGCGCUAGAAUGAGCACUGAUGGGAUUGAUCUCUCCUUUGAAGUGUUUUGUUUAUGCAAAACACUGAAUUCGUUACCAUGAUUUAGUUUCCGAUUUACACAGAAGUAGAUUUGCUCUCAGCUUGUCGACUUAUAGCACGCCCACUAACACACACGCGACACAUUCACUAAGCCGUCACUAAAGAAUAGAAUAAAUAAAUCUUGCUAUUAGAAAUUAUUAAUAAGACAUCUAUACAUAUACACCAUUCACCUAUACAUUUACAAUUCACAGACACAUACACACAUAUACACUAUUCAGCACUCCUCCAGAAGAAGAAGAAGAAGAACUGAGAAGAUGACGAAUUGAUUGCUUAAAUGCUUAAGCCACUUCAAGAGAAUUGUCUAUUGCUGAAAUCACAAUUAUUUAAGUAAAUCUCGCAGCCAACCAAGUGCAGAGAAGAGGAAAUAUAAAAAUUAUUAGAAAUUUGCGUUACAUAACUAUUAUUAGUAUUUAGAAACUUAGCGAUCGGUGAUUUGUAGAAUGAGAUUACAUAUUGGAUAGUUCUAUGCUAUUGGCGCGGACCUUAAAAGUGAUGUGCGGUGGUAGACAGUUAUCGAAUGCUACUACAACUAGUUUUUACAGACAUUUAACAGGCAGAGAUGAUUAAAAAUAAUUUAACAAAAAGUAAUGCAAUAAAGUUCUAAGGAAACGAGGGGGCGAGAUUUAGGUGGAAAAGUUGAGUGCCACCGCCGUACAGCGCACGGAGCCGAAGUGUGAUGAAUUAACUUCAACAAAGAGAAAUUUGCAACAGCAAAAAUAUAUUAUUUUGAAAGAAGUAUUAGAAAGAGAGAGAUGCAAGGCGAGUUUAGGAUUUGCCACUUUGGCACUUUGCUCCACACUCUCCCACUUUAGGUAAAUGUGAAGGAAAACAGUGCGACAAUAAGCAAAACACUACAAACUAACAAAUAUGCAAAUUUUAGUUGUAAGCAUAAUAAUUCCUUUAAUUAUUCAUAAUUUCUUUUAGAUUUCUUCAAAUAAUUAUCAAACACUUAUUUACAGUAUUAUAUGCAUAUGUUAGGUAACAUAAUCUAUAAAAAAAAUACUUUUAAGAAUAAUUUUUUGUUUAUAAAUACAACCGUAGUCUUGAAUUACAUUUAUCAUUUUCAUUACUGAGCAAAAGUUUGCUUUUCAAACGAGAGUAUGAGGUCGGCUGACCACAAAUUUUCAAUUCAUGUAAUUCUCAAUUUCCUGACUAGUACACAAAUAUUUUUGAAAACUUUUGUAAGAACGCACACCUUUUGUAAAAUGAUGCUUUACGCGCUUACACCCCGCCUACACAUUUUUAUGCCCUCUCCGCAUGCAUGUGUGUGGGUGGGACAGCUCCAGCUGCAAUAUCUCGGCGUUCGUGCACACACAACUUUCGAGCCCCAAAAUGUAUGCAACGAAAGCGAGAUACCAACAAUGCGAGGCAACUGCGGCAACACGGUGGAUGGCCUCACAGGAGGCCCGUGCCUCUUUAUGACAGACUGGAGCCGAGGCAAAUAAAACGGCAUUUUACGAGACGACAACCGCUUGGAAAAUCGACAGCUGUUAGGGUCAUUGAAUAUACUAUUAUUAAUAAAUAUGAUAAAAAUAUUACAUGUUGAAUAUGCUACUACGUUACUUAAAAUGCACUAACUAAGCAAAUGUAUCGUUGUUCGAUUGUUGAGAAAAAUUACAUAUACAUACACAUUACUAUGUUAUAAGCAAUUGCCUGGAAGGGCUUAGUGUUCGUUGUUUAUUCGAGCAAAAUUGGCAAAUUUGGUGUUGCAUUUAUUCACAAUAUUCACUAAUCAAUCCUUACUAGUUGGCGCUUGCAGCCGUUUACUUAAGUGUCUCACUUAUAUAAUAACAUAAAAUCAAUAAAAUAAAAAGAAAAAAAAACUAUAAAAAAGCAAAAACAAAAUAAAAAAUAUAAAAUCUUUGAAAAUCCGAAAAAAAAUUGUUGGUACAUAUAUUCCUAGCAUUUAACCUACAUACAUACAUAUAUAUUUCCAGUAUAAAAUUUAACCACUUAGAUUGAAGGAGUUACUAACUGAAUGUUGUGUGUUUAACUAAAAUAAAAUACAGAAAAUAAAUGCUUACAAGCAUUCUUAGAAAUAAGCUUUAUUAGUUAACGAUAGAGGCAAGUUUUAAAAAUAUUUGUGUACGAAAGGCGAAAACACUUCGUAGAUACCAAAAAAAUUCAAAAAAUUCAAAAAAUAAAAAUAAAAAUUUUCUAGUCAGCAAUUUUAAAGAGAUGUAUAGAAAAUUUAAGUUAUUAAUUUGUUAAACUAUGCAAACAAGUUGCCAAAAAUUGUUGCAAGCUUUUCUGAGUGAUUUAGUUUAAUUUUCAUUUAGCUUAAGUUGAUCUGCUUCAUGCAUACAAAUACAGUCAGUCACAAAUUUGUAGUUCACUCCACACAUCACACUCCGAAACUCACCUCACUCUCUCACGCACACUGAACUUCAGACUCUCAGAGCUACUACCGAUUCUCAAUCAAAAAACGAGCUAAAGGAAACAAGUAACAAUUGGUUGUUGGCUAGACAAUUAUCUCCCAUUAAGCUCGCUCGAGUAAGUAUUUUAUUUACAAUUACAAUGUACUUAACUAUAUAAAAACCUAAUUAUAAAAUAAAUCAAAAUUAGAAAAGAGUUGGCUAAAUUUAAAGGCGAUAACUUACUCAUACACGUACAGUGGCAAAAUGCAAAUAUAACCGAAAAAAUCCACAACAAAAAAAAUAUUUAUUAAGUAAGCAAGUUAUAACUGAAAAAAAAACUUAGAAAAAAAUAACCACAACAAAGUAAAUGUUGAAUAUUUCUAAAGAUACAGAAAAUAAAUGAAACCACCGUUCAAAACCACUCACCAAAUGAAGCGAAGCGAGAAACCUAAAGCAAAAACAAACACAAGAAUAAAAUAUAUAAAUAAUAACUCAAGGGUAAAGUAAGCAAACAAGGUCGCAUGGAUCCGGAAGAAAGGCAGAAGAGCAGAAAUAGAAUAAAUUAGAAGAAUUAGCUGUAGAAAUAGGGAUGAAUGUAGGAAGUGUGGUUAGUUUAGAUGCUCGUAAAGAACUCAACCCAUUAAAAUGCCAAAUUAUACAUUUACAAAAACAAAACAAAAAUGGAGAUUGUUGAAAAAAGCAGAAAGAGCGAAGAAGAGUAGAGUCCGGAGCAAAAAACAAGCGAGAAAUAUGGAUCUAUAUACUUUACUAAAAUAUAAGCUAAAUUAAUUAAUUAAAGGGGUAGGCGAAUAAACAAUAUAACUAGAUGCAGAAAACAUAAAAAAAAAAUUAUAAUUUUUGUUGUUCGAAAUUUUUGAAACAGCUGAAGAGUAACGGUACAGUUAGCAUACGCUACGUGAUAAACAGAAAGAUAUGUGCAAAUGCAUAUAGGUCCGAGUGAUAGGAAGAAAGUUGGAAAGAGAGAUAAAGAACGAUUAAUAAAGAAAGUAAAGGAGAGCCAAGCGAAGAAAAUUCCUACGAUGAAAUUGGAACUCCUUAGUGGCGCUUGGGAGCUCGGAGCAAAAUUAAAAAUAUUUAAAUGAAAUAUUUUCGUUAGUGAUAAGCAUAAAGAAUAAAACUAAUAUUUAUGAUAGAACUAGUAAUUGUUGUUAUUGCGUAUAAUUAAUAAUUAGCCUUACAAACAUGGUUAUAAAUAUAUAUUAUUAAAGGUGUGGCAAAGCCCAUGUAGCAUUUAAAGCAGUAAUACACGAAUAAACAAAGUGAAGGUGAACAAAAUUGGCAGCAGCGAAUAAUUGAGUACUAACCACCCUACACAAUGCGAAGGAAAUAUAUGCAGCAGGAACAGAGAUUCAAACGAACAGAAACUGAAAUACAAAUAGAAACAGAAACAGAUUACAAAUUAAACAGAAACAGAAUACAGAAACAGAAUACAGAAACUAUAAGAGCGAAAGAAAUUGAAGCAAAACUCAAAAUCUAAAAGCCAACAAAAUCUCUUUUGCAUUGUAUUGGAACGUUUUUGCUUACAUGAACACAUACUAUUUUAGCUUACCCACACAUUUACACAAACAACUAAUAAUUUUUAAAUCCUACAACUAAAAACUAUCUAUCUACUUAUUAAGCCAAAUUAAUGAAAUAGAAUUACGUAUCAAACUCAAUAGCAGAAGGGCACUAAAAGAGAAACUUUGUCUAUUUCCUAAGUCAAAUGCGAAAGCAAAAACAGCAAAAACAUGACAAAUAAUGUACUCAAAAUUAAAAAAAAAUAAGAAACCUAAAGUUGAAAAUUGGCAAAUAUGGGCGCAAGCCAGUACUAAUACGUAUAACUUCAUAGGUAAAGGCAGAUGCAUACCCACACAGGUACAUAUGUACAUAUAUGUGCUGUGUGUAAAAACAGAAAAUUAGAAAAACUUGCAAAGUAAAUGCUUUGAGUAACAAACCAGCAGUAGCGUAAUUAACAAACUAAUUUAUAUAGAUUUAGAUUAGUUGGAUCACCAUGAAACUAGCUCAUAUUUACACGAACAAAACGCACAUAUACAUAUACACACACAAACAAUAAUUGAGACAACUUGAUUGGGUCAAAGCAAAACGUAUUAACUUAGCGCUAUGAAGAAAACACAAAACAGAACAAAAAAUAACAAUUGAUUGAUUAGAAAAUAUUAGUACUUAAUUUAUAUAAAUGUUGAUUGAUUGAAAUAAGGCAAAAUAAUGCAUAAAAAUAUAUAAAACUGCAGCAAAAAUACGGAAAACCAAAAAAAUAAUGAUUUAAACAAAAAAAAGCAAAAAGAAAUUAUUACAAAUUAUUAUUAUUAUUAAAUAAAUUAUUACGGUAAACAAAUAUAUUAAUUAUAUUGAUGAUAUAUACAUACAUACAUAUAAUGUGACAAAGCGUAAUGAUUGAAAGGAAUAAAUAAAUUGAAGUACAAUAAAGAAUUUCAAAUGAAAAUCA